AUGUUAAUUGUUAAAAGGAAUUUCUCAAGAUUUAUAAAUAACAAUACAACAAAAAAAAGCGUAAGAAAAAAUUUUCAUAAAAAUUUAACGCAGAAUAAAUAUACAUCAAAUGACAACAUUGCGAAUCAACAAAAUGAUAAUAAGGUAGCAAAAGUAGGUGGUGGGUUACUCAAUACCUUCUAUGAAAGUUUUAUAUAUGGUUGUGGAUUUUUUUUAAGUAACAGAUUAUUAGAUCAAAUAUUCGGACCGCGCUCAUACGAUACCUUUAAUAAUAAUACGGAUAAUUACGCAAAUGAAAAUGCAAACAGUUAUGUUAAUGACAAUAUGAAUAGCUACCCCAAUGAAAAUCUUAAUAACAGUGACCCAACAAUUAAUGAUAAUGAUUUUCAACAGGACAUAGGUCUUGAUGAUGAUACAUUUGAGUUCUGA